GCAGAGAGGGGUGGAGGACACUGAGUGAAGGCCAGUGGAGGGAUGGGUAGAGAGGGAUGGAGGCCAGUGGAGGGAUUGGCAGAGAGGGGUGGAGGACAUUGAGUGGAGGCCAGUGGAGGGAUUAGCAGAGAGGGGUGGCGGAUACAGAAUGGUUAGUAAGGUGGAGGAGUCUGGCAGCAGCAUUCAUGAUGGGCUGAAGAGGGGAUAGCCUGCGAUGAGGUCGGCCAAUGAGGAGGGAGUUACAAUAGUCGAGGCGUGUUGCGGAGGUUGGAGAUGUUGCGGAGGUUGGAGAUGUUGCGAAGGUUGGAGGUGUUGGAGAGGUUGGAGAUGUUGCGAAGGUUGGAGGGUUGGAGAAGUUGAAGAUGUUGCG